AUGUACAGCUCGUCAAUCGGAACUGAAGGAGAGCCUGGAAAUAGAGUUUACAUACUAACAGUUAUUCAAGAUCCUUUGCGAGCUAAAUGCUGGAAGUUCGGCCAAGGACAAGACCGUGAGAGUAGUAAGCCAGUCAAUCCUCCUAUUAUUGUACAGCUCGGAUUAUCCUCCAAUGGCCAAUUAGACACCAGCAUAGAGGCCUUGACGGACUGGCGCGACCUUAUUCUUCAUUCGUCACUUGUAAACGAUGACCACGAAGAUUGCUCGUAUGUGGCGAAUGAAGGUAUACAACCUCAAACUCCUGGUCCAAGUAGUGCUACAGGUCCAAUACAGUCACAACAAUACGGAUCUGCAUCCGUUUCACACCUCACAACCAUGAUGUCACCAGUCAACUCACUAUCUCUGCCAUCCCUUACAAUAUCAAACUCUAGUCUUGUCGAAUCAGAUAACGGCAGAGAUGGCGGUAGAGAUAAUGCCAGUAAUAGCAGUAGCAGUAACAGCCUCCCAAACAUUCAAUUAUUAGGUCCAAGACAUAAAUUCAGUGAACCCGUCGCUACUCAAAAAGCAACCAAAAACACUAGAGCAGGUGCCAUCAAUGCUGCUGUGUCUCCCUCUUUAGCGCCGCUGAUAGCAGUACCAGCUCGAAGUGCCCCAACAUAUCAAUUUUGGAGGCCAACUGAUCAACAGCAUUCGCCACCUGGAACAGGGUAUAGCAGAGCAUUAGAAGGCAACUUGGCAUCAUCGAGCUUCCAAUUGACUGAUUUAGAAGGAAGGAGAGGGGUGUUUUUUGUGUUUGCUGAAGUGACGGUUCGUGUUGAGGGAACCUUUAGACUGAAAUUUGAUCUAUACAACCUGAACCAUGUCAUGCCGAACUCGACCUUCACAACAACAAACACAUUAGUUGGAAGGAGACUUGCAACUACCACAAGUGCCAGAUUUAUAUCAUACAGUCCAAGAGACUAUCUACAAUUACAACAGCAAGCUGAAAGUUCGGAAAUCUCCAAGCACUUUGCUGAGCAAGGACUGGUGAUCCCUAUACGUAAAUCAGCCAGAAUAAAGCAUGGGAUGUUUGCCACAGUAGCAACAGACAACUGA